GUCAUAAUGAAUCAUGCGCGACCAUUACCUCACCACCAACUCCAUCGAACAAGGUUAACUGUCUCGAUUGAACACAACCAGUUCAAUUGACCCAACUACACAAAAACCCACUAGGUAAUAACUAAGACAGACAUCUACAUAGCCAAGCAGUCCCGAAGAGACAGUGACAACCAUAGAUAAUCUAGAACAACCCUCGUACCUCUCCUCCAAUACCCAACUCCCCCAUACCCCCAAAUUGAGAAACCACACCCGCCUCAACACCCCAAAAACAAGCACCAACAGGGGGAAAAAAAAUAAUGUGCGACAUCCCCUUCAUCCCGAUCCUCCCGAUCUGCUUCCAAUGCGGCACAGACCAGAACCCCUGCCGCUGUAAAGUCGUCGGGCCAACCCUCGGAUUCAUCUGCACGGUGGUAGCUGCUGUGAUCUGCUAUCCGGCUUCGAUCUUUUGUGGGUGCUGUUUGACGCAGAAGGGGAAGGAUGUGUUGGGGUAUCCGGUGAAGGUGAAUGGGAUUGUCAGUAAUGCGAUACCCAUUUGAUUGUUUAGAAUUGAGAUGGAUUGGAGGGGCUGGGUAUGGUAGAUAGGUGCGAUUAAUACCAUAUAUUAAUGAUGCUCGCG